CGGUGUCCUACUCUACAGCUGCCGGCGUAGGUAUCUAUAUGAACACUCCGUGCGUUGUUCCUUUCUCCUGCCACUGCUGCGUACCUGCGUACAUAUCCCGCCUUUGACUUCUUUAGCUACAUACACAGAUCAUUGAUGGACACCCUUCGCUCCCUCGCAGAGCAGUGGCUCGAGCUCGAUAAGAAUGAAAAAACAAAAGCAGAGAUUCAGAAGUUGUUGGCCGAUAACGACACCGAGGAGCUCGAGAAACGGCUCGGGAGUCGGAUCUCAUUCGGCACCGCCGGUCUCCGCGCCGCAAUGCAAGCCGGCUUCUCGCGGAUGAACGAUCUCACCGUGAUCCAAGCGUCGCAGGGGCUAGCAGAAUACAUCUCGACCUCUGUGGCCUCUGGGGGAGCGUCUAUUGUGAUUGGCUACGACCACCGGCACAACAGCGAGCGGUUCGCGCGGCUCACAGGGGCGGCGAUGAUCCAGCGCGGGAUCAAGGUGUACUUCUACACAUCCCUCGUGCACACACCGCUGGUGCCGUUCGGGAUCAAGAUGCUCGGCGCCUCCGCCGGCGUCAUGAUCACGGCUAGCCACAAUCCUGUCCAGGACAACGGCUACAAGGUCUACUGGUCCAAUGCGUGCCAGAUCGUCUCGCCGCACGAUAAGGCCAUCGCGAAGGCUAUCGAGAGGAAUCUGACCCCCGUGUGCUGGGAUGAAAGCUUGGUGGAUACCAGUGAGCUGGUCGAAAAGCCAAUCGAACGCAUCCAGGACGCGUACUUCCACAAGCUGGUAGACCUGGCCACGCACACUGUUCCCGUGCCACGGGUGAGGGUGGUGUACACGCCCAUGCAUGGCGUUGGGCUGCCCGCGAUGCAGCGCGCCGCGCGGGACCUCGGCGUGGCGGAGGAGGACCUAGUCACUGUGAAAGCGCAGCAGGCCCCAGACGCCGACUUCCCCACGGUGCGGUUCCCGAACCCGGAGGAGGUAGGAGCACUCGACCUCGCGAUCGUGACCGCGACCGAAAACAACAUCUCGAUCGUGCUCGCCACCGACCCGGACGCAGACCGGUUUGCGGCGGCGGAGCGCCUGCCCUCCGGCGAGUGGCGCACCUUCACGGGCAAUGAGCUGGGCAUCCUCUUCGCGGCGUACGUGUUCUCCAACACGCCAGCCUCGCAGCGCCCAAAGCUGUGUAUGCUGUGCUCGACUGUCUCCUCGCAGAUGCUGGCGUCGAUGGCGCGAAUCGAGGGGUUCGCGUUCGAAGAGACCCUCACGGGGUUCAAGUGGCUGGGCAACCGCGCGCAGGCCCUGGAGCAGCAGGGCUACCACGCCGCUUACGCCUUCGAGGAGGCCAUCGGCUACAUGUUCUCCCCGCUCGUCCAGGACAAAGACGGCAUCGCCGCCGCGGUGGUGUUCAUCUCUGCGCUGCGAGACUGGUCGUCCGCAGGACAGACACCCUACCAAAAACUCCAAGAGCUCUACGGGAAGUACGGCUACUUCAAGACCGCGAAUAGCUACUUCGUCUCGCGCGACGCGGCGCUAACUCGGAAGGUGUUUGCGGAUAUACGUGCUGCCGCGCCGAAGGCGGUCGGGGCUAGGAAGAUAACCCGCUGGAGAGAUCUCACCACGGGCGUCGACACCGCUACCGAGGAUGGCAAGCCAACACUGCCCAUCAGUAAGAGCUCGGAAAUGAUCACGGCCGAACUCGAGGGCGGCGUUAGGUUUACGGUCCGUGGAAGUGGGACCGAGCCGAAGAUUAAGAUGUACAUCGAGUGCAAAGCCGACACUGAAGCUGCGGCCAUCGAGGGCGCUCAGGAGGUGGCGAGGGAUUUGACGAGGGAGUGGUUCAGACCUGAGGAGACGGGGCUGAGGCUGCCUUGAUCUGAUCUGGGCUGGAGGCGGGUUCAUCUUGGACGGCGGAAUCGUGGGCUGCGGAGUUUCAUUAUGUAUUUGUGAUGUGAUGCGACGAUAGAGAUGUCCGGAAUAGAGAUAGAAU